CGGAACACUGCCAGCGACACGAAGAUGCCCAUCUCUUCUUCUUCCUCAUCGAUUCUGUUGUUUUUGUUAUCUUUGUUCUUCCUCUCACAUGCUUCUCACGUGAUCUCCAACUUCAAAGGUAUAGAUUUGGGAAGUCCAGCAAUAGAUGUCACGCCAGCUCCUCUUUCCAGGCAUUCAUCUGUUCGUGGUUUCAAAGAUUUUUUGUUAUGUGAUCGAGUUCGAAUUUCUGGUCUCUCAAGAUUGAAGCUUGGGAGUUAUGCCAGUACUUUUCGGGUUACUCUGGCUCCAUCUGUCUUGAUACCAGAGAGAUCACACAACAAAAUACAAAUUUGUUUUCAUAGGAAUGCUUCACUGGGAUUAUGCAAGUGUAAGGAUGGUGAUUGGAAGGCAUUGCAAAAGGGAACAUGGCACACUGUCAUGUCCCCUUAUGAUGAUAGAUAUAUUGACGUGAAGUUUAUUGGUGAUGUGUCUGGCUCUAUCACAGUUUCUGUUAAAGAAGAUUUUCAGCGAUGGCGGCUUAUGUUUCUAGCUUUAGGAUUUGUUUUGUUGUUGUUGGCACCAUUUAUCAGCAAGUGGGUUCCUUUUUACUACAGCAGUUCAAUGGCUAUUGGCGUUUUUCUUGUCAUUAUAAUCCUUCUGUUUCAGGGAAUGAAAUUGUUGCCAACAGGAAGGAAAAGUGCUUUCUAUAUAACUAUAUAUGGAUCAGUGUUGGGAGCAGGGUCUUUUCUUUUACAUCAAUUCUCUGUGCUCGUAAAUUCAAUUCUUGUCAAUUUUGGGCUGAGCGAAGAGAUGCAUAGUCCGGUUGCUAUAUUUGUAUUGGUCGGAAUUGUCCUCUCAGGAGCUGCGUUGGGGUACUGGAUUGUAAGAAAAUUCGUGAUAAAAGAUGGAAGCGUUGAUGUUGGUGUUUCCCAGUUUGUAAAAUGGGCCAUGCGUAUCAUUUCAGCUACCUUCAUUUUCUGGAGCACUCUUGAUACUCUGUUGGCGAUGGUGGCAUUGGCUUCUUGCUUGGCUAUCUGUUCUCUGAUCACAUCAACAAGAAGGAAUGGUCACGAGCAACAACAGUAUUUCGAAAACCAGAGUCCUUGGCUACACCGGUCGAGGCAGAGACCACUCAUGCAAGGUCGUGCUGAAUUUUUAAGCCGGUCGCCAAGAACAUACCCUAAUCAGAAGAUGUGGAAUGGUUCGAAGACUGCACCAGCAUGGACCAACUCUCCGGUUUAUACUCAACUUGCUGAAGGUGCUAUAGAUCAUCAAGAUUACUAUUCAACCUUUCACAAGACACACAACCGGAAGAAAUUCACCAAGCAAGAAUGGGAAGAUUUCAGUCGAGAAUCCACCCGGGAAGCCAUGGCGGAGUUGGUAGCGUCUCCAGAAUUCACGGAUUGGAUGAUUGAGCAUGCUGAGAGGAUAAAACUCCUUCCAUGUGAUGAUAGUUCAGAUGAAUCAGUGGGAAGUGAAUCAAGUUCGGACAAUGAAGAUGAAGAACGCUUCAGCCCCUUCAGAUUAUUUGGCUUGUAGGAACUCAGUAGAAUAGCUAACCAAGUAGUAUAUUUUUGACGCAGGUAUGGAUGUAUGAUCCCUCC